AUGCUUAUAUUUCUGAGAUUUUUGUUCAAUAUAGUUCACUAUUUUACGGAGACUGAUAAUGUCAUUUGUGCAGUUUUUGGACAAAUCGAUUUAGUGGUGUUGGGUAGUGUGGCAUCUGGUACACUGUCAAAUUCUGGUGAUGGACUCAUGGAUGAGGAUAAAUUGACAUAUUUCCGAAUAAAGGAGCUCAAGGAUGUCCUUACUCAACUAGGGCUAUCAAAGCAAGGAAAGAAGCAGGACCUUGUAGACCGGAUAUUAGCCAUUCUCGUUGACGAACGAGUUUCUGGGAUGUGGGCCAAGAAGAAUGCUGUUUCAAGGGAAGAAGUAGCAAAACUAGUAGAUGACACCUUCAGGAAAAUGCAGGUUGCUGGGGCAACUGAUUUAGCAUCGAAAGGCCCAGAUUUAUCAUCAAAAGGACCGGGUGUCUCAGAAAACAGUAAUUUGAAGUCCAAAGAGGAAAUUGAAGAUUCUUACCAGAUGUAUAAGAUUCAGUGUCCCUGUGGAAGUUCAUUGCAAACUGACUCAAUGAUUAAGUGUGAGGAUCCAAAAUGUAAUGUAUGGCAGCAUAUUGGUUGUGUUAUGAUUCCGGAGAAACCUGUAGAUGGUGUGCCACCUGUUCCUCCUGAUAUUUAUUACUGUGAACUCUGUAGACUGAGUCGGGCAGACCCGUAA